AUGGCACCACCGCAUAAGAACGACAACAUCAACCAUAAGAAGAACGACAAUAAUCGCAAGACGCCACAACCACAACCACAACCACAACCACCCACAGCCCCAGCCUUCACAUCCACUAGCGCCAAUCCAAACAACGCGGAUGGAAGCGGCAUCCCCGUGCCGUCCGAAGCGAACCAAUCUCCCGAGCUGACCGGCCAAACGACACCGUUGACACCCGCCUCCGAUCUUCUACUCUCACCUCCAGCGAAAGAGCAGAUUUACUAUGAAGGAGUAGUAGUGAAGUCGGGGCCGAAGAGUCCGCGGGGGAGACUGCAAAGGAAUAAUGGUGGUCGGUCUGCGUCCGCCACUUCGACUCUGACCCCGGAUGAAGAUGUCUUCGCGCCAUCACUACUGUUGUCGAGGUCGUUGGAGGAUGAGGCGCGUAUGAACGAAGUAUCCAAAUACAACCGGCUCAAGGACCAGACCGACGCCGAGCGCGAAAAAGCCUACGACCAAUCCCUCGCCCUGCAAACCGAACGCGAUGACGCUCUUGACAAACAAAAGGCUGCCGAGUCCGCCAAGACGAGUCUAGAGAAAGACCUCAAGAACAAGACCACCGACGCCGACAAUGCGACCAGAGAUAACGAGCGUUUGGAGAAGGCACUCCAGGCCAAGGAGGGCGAGAAGAGUGCCAAGGAGAAGGAGGUUGGGGACUGGAAGCAGAAGUUCGAGGACAUGAAGACACUUUAUACUAAUGCGGAGAGUGAUCGCGAUGAGGUUGCUAGGCAGCUUGCCAAGGCCGAGGAGGACAGGGAUCACCAGACUACAUUGAAGGAGGGUUUGAAGGAGGAGCUGGAGAGGCAGGAUGCCGUUGUUGGGCAGGUCGAUGACGUUGCUGAGCAGCAGGGUGCAGCGCAGGAGCAAUUGGAUAGGGUCCUGCAAGUCUUUCAGGAGGAGUUCAAGCAGUUGGCUGAGGGGGUGGAUCUUGAGGGGUAUCUGCAGCAAUUCCGCGAGACGGUGCAGGCGGGCAGGAGGCUGAGGAGGGAUGAUUCGCAGGCGAGCUUUCAUCAGCAUGGUCUUGGGAUUGAUGAGGCGCGGAGUGAUCGGCCGAGAGGUGGGCAUCGCCAAGUAUCGACCGCGAGUCUGGGGGAUGAAUUGAAGGGGCAUGGUAGCGAGAGCGGAGACGAGACUGGCGAUGAAGACGAACAGGCUCCCGGCGAUCAGGUACCUACCACCGACGACGACCCAACUCUGAAAGAUCUAGAUUACAUCCACCUCACCCCACCCACAACCCACAACUGGACCGCCGGCGACUCCAUUUCAAACGUAAACGAUUCCCUCUUCGGCGAAAUCGACACGGGAACCCAGACCCCGGCCUCCUGGACCCACCGCCCCACUGGCCAGCCCCUGGGCCUCCCCCACAUCCCAGGAAUCGGCGACCGCACCUCCAUGGCCCACUGUCUAGACUGGGGCCCCGGGGACAAAGGAACCGAUACGGAUGAAUCCAUCCCUUCCCCCGAGCAACUCGCCGCCCUUCGCGCCAAGGCCGCCGCUUCCGCAGCCCUGAAGGUCGCGUUGUCGAAUUCGCAGGGUUUGGCUGCUACGCGGCAGCAGGAGAUCGAGAAGCAGUUUCGUUUGGCGCAGGGGUAUGCGCGGGAAUUGAAGGUGUUGAGGGAGAACGAGCGGGAUGCUUCGCCUGCUAUGCGGGAUGGGUUUGAGCCUUAUCGUGGUCGGGCGGCGGCGGCGGAGAAGCAGAGGGGGGAGGAGGAGAAGAAGAAGGAGGGGCCCGUGACGGCGGAGACGGAUUAUGUUGCGCUGAGGGAGAGGGAGAGGGAGAGGAGUCCGGAGACUAGGACAGUAUUUGUCGAUCGACCUGUCCCCGGACCCGUGCAGAUCAAGACGGUGGUGAAGGAGCGCGUGGUGCAGCGGUGGACGGUCCGAUUACCGGAGACGUGGAAGGAGUGGUCUGGGGUGGUGCCGCUGUGGAUGAAAUUAGUGGGGAUGGCGUUGCUGGUGCUGUUCUUGGCGCUGUGGGGAGGGUUGGUGCGGGAUCGUGCGAUCUGGUUCUCGGUUAAUGAUCUGGGCCAGCAGAAUCUCAUCAAGCUUACUGGUGCUAAGCACCAUGGAGGUUUCUGGGGGGAUGUGGCCGAGUGGGUUAGUGGUGGGGAUUUGAGUCUUAUGGGCUGA